AAGGUGAUAUUAGUGAUCAUAUCGUAAAUCAUCAUGGUAACUGAAAAUGAGAAAAAUAUUGGUGUACUUGAAGUAUCAAAAAAAUAUAGUUUUCCAGUAGAUACAGAAAAUAAAGCCAUGACAUUUCCAUUAUUUUCUGUAGAAAAGCCUCACAUGAGAGCAUUUCAUUUAUGCUGGUUUCAAUAUUUCACUUGUUUUAUCUGCACAUUCGCAGCUCCGCCCCUGCUACCUAUCAUCCGUGAUAACCUUAACCUCACCGCAAGUGACAUUGGCAAUGCCGGUGUUGGUUCAGUUUCCGGGGCGAUUUUUGCCCGUCUUGCCUUAGGUGCUGCCUGUGACUUAACCGGUCCUCGCCUCGCCUCAGCAACCGUCUGUUUUCUAACAGUACCUGCUGUCUUUUUAUCUUCUAUGGCUAGCUCACCCGCUACUUUUUUCAUGAUGCGGUUUUUCACCGGAUUUUCUUUAGCCACUUUUGUUUCUACACAAUAUUGGAUGAGUUGUAUGUUUUCUCCUAAGGUUGUUGGCCUUGCUAACGGCCAGUCGGGCGGGUGGGGAAACCUCGGCGGAGGGGUGGCUAAUCUUCUCAUGCCGCUUCUCUACAAUCUAAUUCUUAAUAAUACUAUGGCUAAUACACCAUUUGUAGCCUGGAGGGUUGCAUUUUUCGUGCCCGCUUUUAUGCAAAUGUUUGCGGCAUUUGCAGUCAUGCUAUUAGGCCAAGACCUUCCGGAUGGAAAUUUUCUUCAACUACAAAAGUCCGGUGAAAUGCACAAGGACAACGCGAAGAAGAUUGUAUAUCAUGCGGUUACCAACUAUAGGGGUUGGAUUACUGCUAUAGGUUAUGGUUUUAGUUUCGGAGUCGAGUUAGCCGUGAACAACAUUGUUGUUUACUACUACUAUGAUAGGUUCAAUCUUAACCUUAGCCUUGCAGGAAUUGUUGGUGCACUUUUUGGGAUGGUUAAUAUUUUCUCUAGGUCAUCUGGUGGAUUGUUCUCCGAUUUCAUGGCGAAAAAGUUUGGAAUGAGGGGGAGAUUAUGGGGAUGGUGGACUGUCCAAACACUAAGUGGUGUAAUGUGCAUUAUUAUGGGACGACUCGACUCGUUGAGUACUUCCAUUGCAGUCAUGAUGAUCUUCUCUUUCCUAGUCCAAGCAGCCGAAGGCCUUUGUUUCGGAGUUGUUCCCUUUGUCUCUAGAAGAUCAAUGGGCGUGGUACAGGGCAUAUCAGGAGCAGGUGGAAACGCGGGUGCAGUGAUAUGUCAAGUAAUAUUCUUCAGAGGUUCACAAUUCAAACUAGAAGAUGGAAUAACAUACAUGGGUAUUAUAAUCAUUGUUACUACCCUUAGCUUAACAACCAUAUACUUCCCUCAAUGGGGUGGUAUGUUGGCUGGUCCAAAACCGGGUGUUACAGAGGAGGACUACUACAUGAGGGAAUGGGACUCCGAAGAGCAGCAACAAGGGCUUCAUAAAGUAAGCAUGAAGUUCGCCGAAGGCAGUAGGAAUGAGAGAAGCAUGAAGUUCGCCGAAGGCAGUAGGAAUGAGAGAAGCUCUAAAGUACAAUCCAUUUCAGUAGAAAUCACACAACCGACUGAUGUUGUGUAA